UAAAAUAGCCUACUUCCAAGUAAGUCUUGGCUUCACAGCAGUGCCUGUGGCCUACGUGAUCGUGAACAUCAGCCAUCCAAUUCCGAUGUAGUUACAUAAAAACUGCAUUCUAGCAAUAGCCAACAUUUGUCAAGUUUGAUCAGGAUUAACUUCGGGUGUGUUUUUAUGAACUAAGUGUACAUAGAAGUUUUCCCAUGUGAAAAAAGCGAUACUUGGCUCUUUAACGCUGCCUCCUCGGUUGCGCGGUAUGAGCUCUAGCCCUCCAGUUACGCCCUACCUGAGACUGCCCUCGUGCAGCGUCAGACACUGUAGGCUACAGCUGACUGUACCAGUGGAAACAACUGUCCGUCUUGGUGGGAUGAUUGACUGAAUACAAGGAUAACGCACAUUCCAAGGAAUAUUAUCAGAACAAGGAAUCGAAGAAAACCUUAUGAGUGGAGCAAAGAGCGUAGGUAUGGCGGAUCAGACAGCAGAGAGGCCUGGGGAGCUGGGUGAGUCCGUGAGCAUCCCCAUGGAGGAGAGGCUGCACAACAGCCAAGCCGGAGGUCCUCAGGACGCCUCCAUGCUGACGCACCUGAAGAAUGUGGAGAACCAGAUCACCGAAGCCCAGCGCUUCUCCCACCUGCCCAAACGCUCCACCGUGGACCUGGAGUUCACCAACCUCUCCUACACCAUCCGGGAAGGGCCCUGCUGGAGGAGGAGGGGGUUUAAAGCUUUGCUGAAGUGCCUGUCCGGAAGGUUCUGCAGCAGGGAGCUCAUCGGCAUCAUGGGGCCCUCGGGGGCUGGAAAGUCCACCCUGAUGAACAUCCUGGCUGGGUACAGGGAAACAGGGAUGAAGGGCCAGAUCCUGGUGAAUGGGAAGCCCAGAGAGUUGAGGACCUUCAGGAAGAUGUCCUGCUACAUCAUGCAGGACGACAUGCUGCUGCCCCACCUCACCACCAGGGAGGCCAUGAUGGUCUCUGCCAACUUGAAGCUGAGUGAGAAUAUGGAAGUGAAAAAGAAGCUGGUGAAUGAGAUCCUGACCGCGCUGGGUCUGCAGGAGUGUGCCCAUACCCGAACCAGCUCCCUGUCGGGGGGGCAAUGCAAACGGCUCGCCAUCGCUCUAGAGCUGGUCAACAACCCCCCUGUCAUGUUCUUUGAUGAGCCCACCAGCGGUCUAGACAGUGCCUCAUGCUACCAGGUGGUCUCCCUGAUGCGUUCUCUGGCCCUGGGGGGAAGAACCAUCAUAUGCACUAUCCACCAGCCCAGUGCCAAGCUCUUUGAGAUGUUUGACAAGCUUUAUAUCCUGAGCCAGGGACAGUGCAUCUACAAGGGGAGUGUCCCUCACCUCAUCCCCUACCUGAAGACCCUGGGCCUGCACUGCCCCACCUACCACAACCCUGCCGACUUCAUCAUCGAGGUGGCGUCAGGGGAGUACGGGGACUUGAACCCGGUGCUGUUCGAGGCUGUUCAGGGGGGGAUGUGUGCCUUAGAGGAGAAGAAUACCCUGUCAGACAAGAAAGACCCUGCAGCCGUCUGCCCCACAAAGUGCCCCAAUGAUUCAGGACACAUAGAGAGCCACACGUUUGCCACCAGCACCCUGACACAGUUCUGUAUCCUCUUCAAGAGGGCGCUCAUCACCAUCUGCAGAGACCAGGUUCUGACUCACCUCAGACUGAUGUCCCACAUCUCCAUCGGCGUUCUGAUUGGUCUGCUCUACCUGAACAUUGGUAACGACGCCAGCAAGGUGUUCAACAACACAGGCUUCCUGUUCUUCUCCAUGCUCUUCAUCAUGUUCGGAGCCCUCAUGCCCACCGUGCUGACCUUUCCCCUGGAGAUGUCAGUGUUCCUGAGGGAGCAUCUCAACUACUGGUACAGUCUGAAGGCUUACUACCUGGCCAAGACCAUGGCAGACAUACCCUUCCAGGUGCUGUGCCCUAUCAUGUAUUGCAGCAUCGUGUACUGGAUGACAGAGCAGCCUCCGGAGGCCUGUCGCUACCUGCUCUUCGUGGCUCUGUCCACCUGCACAGCCCUGGUGGCCCAGUCCCUGGGGCUGCUGGUAGGGGCCGCCUGCCCCUCACUACAGGUGGCCACGUUCGUGGGCCCCGUCACCGCCAUCCCCGUCCUGCUGUUCUCCGGCUUCUUCGUCAACUUCGACACCAUCCCCAGCUACCUGCAGUGGAGCUCCUAUGUGUCCUACGUCCGGUACGGCUUUGAGGGUGUGAUCUUGUCCAUAUAUGGGAUGAACCGCUCGGAGUUGGAGUGUCCGGGGAAGGUGUGCAAGUUCCAGCGGCCAGAGGAGGUGCUGCAGCUGCUGGACGUGGAGGACGCCAAGCUCUACAUGGACUUCAUUGUGCUGGGCAUCUUCUUCAUCGUCUUCAGACUGGCCACGUAUCUGGUCCUGCGAUACAAGAUCAAGUGUGAGCGAUAGACCUUGGACCGGGCCUUCCUCGCUACUUGGUCUGGUCCGGUCUGAUCGGGUCUGGUCCGGUCUGAUUGGGUCUGUUCCGGUCUGAUUGGGUCUAGUCCGUCUGAUCGGGUCUGGUCCGGUCUGAUUGGGUCUGUUCCGGUCUGAUUGGGUCUGGUCUGGUCUAGUCUGGUCUGUGCACAGCAACUAUUCUGCACAUCUUUUGCGAUCCACUUUCUGUCCUUCCCACAAACUAUUCCGGUCCCUUCUGGGAUCCACUUUCUGUACUUCCAGGGACUCCUGUUUUGGCUUCAAAUCUCAGAACCACAAAAUGCUGCUCAGAAGAAGAUCCUUCUGUAAGAUGAUGGUUUGGUGCUUAUACAUGGUGGUAGCAGAGAGAAGACAACGGCUUGUCACACACACACACAUUCACGUUUUAUACCUCAACUACUGUACAUUGACUGGACUUAAAACCUCACUACUGUGGACACAUUGGACAUCAGGUACUGUGGAGGGCACCACACACAGACUGGUCUAAGGACCCCUGCCUGCAGACAGAACCAAAAACAGAGAAUGUUUACAUGUCGUUUGUAUCUAAGCCGACCCGAUGGACAUUCUGGAGUGGCACUGCAGUGAUUGAGUGUCUGUUUGAAUGAGUGAUUCAGAAGCGAUCAAGUGACCAUUAUUCAGGCCUCUUCUCACCCUGCCUCUCAGGUCCAUUAAGGUUUGGUUACUGACAGACAGUCGCCUAGCUAAGACACGACAGCAAUCUUUGUUUUCUGCUCAUGAAAGUCAAAUCUUUUAUGUUUUUUGAUAUUGUGAGAUGUAGUCUUUCUCGUGUCGAUUAAUAAUUUCUCAUACUGUGAUCAGUUGCUAUUAUACCUAUAAAGAUAUUAACGUAGUUUAAAUUCGUAUUUUUAAUCCCACAUGUUUUUAUAUUGUGCUACAUAUUAUAUGUACUGUAUGUGUAAAAUACAUUGUUGAGUUUAGUUUCAUUUCAAAGAGGCAGUUGACGUGUAGCCUUAACCCUCAAAACAGUCCUGAUAUCUGUGGCCUUCUAUUGCCGAUAUUCGGGUCAGACUUUCCCAAAUGUGGGUGGGACAGCUUUUUUUAAUAACUGAGGAUGCAGCCAUUAACUAAUGUUCUUGAUAAAAGUGAGGGUGACCGAUUUGCCGAUUUCAGAGUGUGUAAUGAAACCUACGCUCCUGCCCAUAUCAGUUUGACCUUGAUCUUAUUGAUGGCUUGAGUAGCUGUCUGGGUUUGUUGGUCAUCCACCAGGUAGCUGUGUUUGCACUGUGAAAACAAGGGAUCAGCUCGGGGAAGAUAACCAAAGAGGAUCAAGAAGAAACAAUAUAGUGAUUUUUUCACCAUCUUGUUUCAUCUUAAUUGUGACAAUCCUGAAUGGUCUACUGGUGGCCAAGUCUUAUGAUGUUUAAAUUAUGACAAAACAAAUUAUCUUUCAGUUAAACUGUACAAAGCAAAUGUAUGCCGUUAAAAUAAAGCCUUGUCACUU